AAAUAACCUCAAUGCCUUCUGCUGCCACCAUCGUUGUGUUUUUGCUCUCCUGCUUCUCCAUCGUCUCCACAGGCUCUCAGGAUGAUUGUGUGUACGCUGCAACAGGAUCAACCUUUACUGUGCCACUUAGAUAUGAGUUGAAGGAAUCAGAUAACCUGAAAUGGAUCAAGGACACAAGAAUAAUCUUUUAUCGCAGACAGAAACUGGUGAUCACGGGGAAAAAUGAUGAUGUUGAUUCAACUGGAUCACUAAAGCUGAAACAACUCACCAAAGACAAGUCAGGACGAUACGGACCAGAGGUUACCAAUGAAGAUGGAAUAAAUGUGGUGGGAAACUUACAGAGUGUGCAUUUGUGUGUAUUAGACCGUGUGCAGAAGCCCACUGUGACGACAAAGACGUGUACAGAUAAUGGACAUGUCAAUUUUACUUGCAGUGUUGGUCAGAAUGAGAAGAUCACAUGGUUAAUGGAUGGUGAAAUGUUGGAAGAAAAAGGGAAGACGCUGACCAGAGUAGCCAAAGAUGUGCUAAACGCUAAUUUCUCUUGCAAUGUUUCCAACCUGGUCAGCUCUGAGAUCAGUCUGCCUGUUCAACAAAACUGCUAUAAGCCCAGUAAGUUUAAGUGAUACAAAUUUAUAUUCACAACAAAAGAUGUUUUGCUCACAAUUGAUGAAAAAGUUUGCAUCACUUGUGCAUGUGCAGAUGUGCAUGACUUCUCUGCAGACUGUGGUCUGAAGAAAGAAAACAGGAUAUAAUAUAAUCAUGCAGCAUCAGUGAGGAGGUGAAGCGCUGUGUGCAGGACACCUACAGUUUCAUUUUAUAGACGUUUAUCAGCUUCAGACUGAACAUCCAAACUGGGUUCAGUGCUCACAAAAAUGUAAACAAGUAAAGAAAAUCUAUUUAAAAAUCAACCUGAACAAUUAAAAA